UCCGAUUAGGUGCCCUGCGCCCUAGAAUUCGAAAUAGAAUAGCCGGUCGUUGUAAAAACCGUUUUUAGAUAAACAAACGCUUAUCCGUAAUGGAGAUCCAAAACAUCGUCGUUUUGUCAAUUUUACUUUUUAUUUAUUUUUUACUCAACAAAAACAAUAAUGCGUUGGUGUUGCUGGGAGCGAUGCGGAGGAGGCGGCGGCAGAGAGACGCGGAGAUAUUAGAAGUGCUGCGACUGGAUCAUCCCAUUCAUUUCCUUGGCCUUCCUGUCCCUCCCUUUAACACCCGAAAAAUUUGGAUGAAGGUCCGUAGCAGAGAUUGGUGGAAUAGGAUAGUGCUGCAGGAAUUUACGGACGAAGACUGGAAGUCCAAUUUCAGGGUGUCACGGAGGUCUUUCGUGAAACUAUGUGGAUUAACAGAAAGUUUCAUGUCUCCAAAUGCAGUGACCGUCAGGGAAGCCAUCCCCUUACAGAUGCGCGUUGCUAUAGUAUUAUAUCGUCUGGGGAGUUCGGGGGAAUAUCGGAUGGUAGCAAAUCAAUUCGGUGUGCAUAAAUGCACUGUGAAAAAAUUUGUGUAUAUGUUCUGCAACGGCAUGUUGAACGGCCCUCUGAGAGAACUAAUUAAAAUGCCAAAGGAGGAGGAAGCAAUCGAGAUAGCCAGGAGAUUUGAAGCCGCCCAUGGGAUCCCUCAAAUUAUAGGACUGAUAGACGGCACCCAUAUCCCUGUGCUGCCUCCAUCAAAUGGAUACAGGGACUUCGUGAACAGGAAAGGCUGGCCGUCCUACGUCCUGCAGGCUGUCGUGGAUGACAGAUGUUGUUUUAGACACAUAAGCUGCAAGAUGCCGGGCAGUGCUCAUGACGCCAAUGUUUUGAAACAGUCUGACCUUUUCAAGAUGGCUCAUCUGUUACCAAGAGGAGUGAAGGACAUCGAGGGAGAGAUGGUGCCAGUCCAGAUUGUUGGUGACCCUGCAUACCCCAUCCUUGAUUGGCUCAUCAAGGGCUACAUUAACUCCCCAAAUUUAACACCUGAGCAAGAGUCCUUUAAUGUAUACCUGAGUUCUGUCCGAGUGGGAGUUGAGAGGACUUUUGGCAUCUUGAAGUCAAGAUGGAGGGUUCUCCUGAAGCGCAGUGACUUCCACUAUAAAUUUGCACCAAAGGUCAUCGCUACUUGCUGUGCCCUGCACAAUUUUUGUCAAGAGGAAAAUGACUUUCCAUGUUCCAAUUGGACAGAAGACAACGAGGGUUUAUACCCUCAACCCCGAAGAGUCAUCUGCCAUGAUGAUGUCCCUAAUUCAAAUCCAAGGGAGGCACUGACCAGGUAUAUGGCUGCGCGUUUCCCCCUACGGCGCGGGCAUUACCGUUAACUAAAACU